CUGGACUAGGGGUGGGGUGAGAAGAGGAGGAGGCCUCAGCCACAGAGAAGUGACCACAGAGACCCAGGGGACAGCCAGGGACAGGAGGACAUGCAGUCAGGGCUCCAGGGCCUGGACAGGGUCUGUCUGACCCUGUGACAGGAGGACCCCAAGCCUUGGCCCCGGGAGGGGCCAUGGUGCUGCCCUCCCGGCAUGUCAGCCGAGGUGCGGCUGAGGCGGCUCCAGCAGCUGGCUCUGGACCCCAGCUUCCUGGGGCUGGAGCCCCUGCUCGACCUUCUCCUGGGCGUCCACCAGGAACUGGGCACCUCCGACCUGGCUCAGGACAAGUAUGUGGCCGACUUCUUACAGUGGGCGGAGCCCAUUGUGGCCAGGCUUAAGGAGAUUCGACUCCAGAGGGAUGACUUUGAGAUUUUGAAGGUGAUUGGACGCGGGGCGUUCAGCGAGGUAGCGGUGGUGAAGAUGAAGCAGACGGGCCAGGUGUAUGCCAUGAAGAUCAUGAAUAAGUGGGACAUGCUGAAGAGAGGCGAGGUGUCGUGCUUCCGAGAAGAGAGGGAUGUGUUGGUGAACGGCGACCGCCGUUGGAUCACUCAGCUGCACUUCGCCUUCCAGGACGAGAACUACCUGUACCUGGUGAUGGAAUACUACGUGGGCGGGGACCUGCUAACGCUGCUGAGCAAGUUUGGGGAGCGGAUCCCGGCCGAGAUGGCGCGCUUCUACCUGGCCGAGAUUGUCAUGGCCAUAGACUCAGUGCACCGGCUGGGCUAUGUGCACAGGGAUAUCAAACCAGACAACAUCCUGCUGGACCGCUGCGGCCACAUCCGCCUGGCGGACUUUGGUUCCUGCCUUAAGCUGCGGGCGGAUGGAAAGGUGUGGUCCCUGGUAGCCGUGGGGACCCCAGACUACUUGUCUCCCGAGAUCCUGCAGGCUGUGGGCGGCGGAUCCGGGCCGGGCAGCUACGGGCCAGAAUGUGACUGGUGGGCACUGGGCGUGUUCGCCUAUGAAAUGUUCUAUGGGCAGACGCCCUUCUACGCCGACUCCACGGCUGAGACCUACGGCAAGAUUGUGCACUAUAAGGAGCACCUGUCUCUGCCUCUGGCAGACACGGGCGUCCCUGAGGAGGCUCGGAGUCUCAUCCAGGGGCUCCUGUGUCCCCCGGAGGUACGGCUAGGCCGGGAUGGAGCGGAGGAUUUCCGGAAGCAUCCUUUCUUCUUUGGCCUUGACUGGGAAGGCCUUCGUGACAGCGUGCCCCCUUUCACCCCGGACUUCGAGGGUGCCACUGACACGUGCAAUUUCGACGUGGUGGAGGACGGGCUCACUGCCAUGGUGAGCGGGGGAGGGGAGACGCUGUCGGAUAUGCAGGAAGGCGUACCACUGGGGGUGCACCUACCUUUUGUAGGCUUCUCCUACUCCUGCUUGGCCCUCAGGGACAAUGAGGUCCCAGACCCCACCCCCAUGGAACUGGAGGCCCAGCAGUUGCCUGAGCCACAUGUGCAGGUGCCCAGUAUGGAGCCCACCAGGUCCCCACCAGAAGCAACAGCUGAAGUGGCAGAUCCACUGGCUGCCCCUGCAACAGAGGAGACAGCAGCAGGGGAGGAGGUGACCCUGCGGGAGCUCCAGGAAGCCCUGGAGGAAGAGGUGCGCACAAGGCAGAGCCUUAACCAAGAGCUGGAGGCCAUCCGCGACACCAACCAGAGCUUUGCCAGUCAGCUACUCGAGGCAGAAGCCCGGAACCGAGACCUGGAGGCGCAUGUUCGGCAGCUGCAGGAGCGGAUGGAACUGCUGCAAGGCCCAAGAGCCGCAGCUGUCAGGGGGGUCCCCAGUCCCAGGGCCACGGAUGCACCUUCCCAUCUAGAUGGCCCCUCGGCCGCGGCUCUGGGCCAGUGCCCGCUGGUGGGGCCAGGCCCCAUGCACCGCCGCCACCUGCUGCUCCUUGCCAGGGUCCCUAGGCCUGGCCUAUCCGAGGCGCGUUGCCUGCUCUUGUUCGCCGCUGCUCUGGCUCGUGCCACCGCCCUGUGCUCCUUUGGGUUCGUGGCCCACGCCGGCCAUCUCACCCCAACCUGGUGUUUCCCGGGAGCAGCCUUCGUCCCCUGAACCCUAGAACCCCAGGCCAUCCUUGACUCAGGCCAAGUUGGAGGGUUGCAUGACCCGGGGACAGUAGAAGCCGCUCUUAGUGCGUCCCGGCCCACCCACUUGGCCUUGGAGUCGGUGCCCUGCUCCAGUCCCGUGAUCCGAGCCCGCCCCCUGGCGGCCGGGGAAGGAGGAGCUCCGGGUUUGUGACUGGCGAACGGGAUUCGUGGGGUGGCUGGCGCCCAGGGAUGCUGGUGGAGACACCGUCGGCCACCUCUUCCCCAAGCCAGGGUGAGGCCCCAGUGUGGACAAGCGGACUCGAUUCUGAGAAGGCAGGAGGCCGGGGCGCGACCUCCCGAUUGUCACGCUACACACACUCCACCCACCAUCGGAUCGCAAACCAUAAAUCCCCCGUGCGCAUGAGCUCUGGGGGGAACGAGCUAUUCCUGCGGCCUCCAGCCUCCUCCUGCUCUCAGGAAUCUUGUGCUUUCGCAAGCCCUGCUUUUUCGGGGACUCCUGCAACCCCUUUCUCACCUACGCUGCUCUUGGAGUCACAGCCGGCUUCUCCGGCCUCGGUGGCUUGGAUAUUUAUUGACCUUGUCCUCCGACCCGCUGACAGGCUUCCGGACCCCAUCACCCUAAUCCACGUUUUGGAUGCACUGAGACUCGACAUUCCUCGGUAUUUAUUGUCUGUCCCCACCUAGAACCCCACCCCCGACCCUCGCGAAUAA